AAUACCUGCACACGUUUAUUUUAUGCUUAAAACCGGCUUCUUCUUUUGUCGUCAGCAAAAAUCAAGCAAUAAAUGUGAAACUUAUACGCAAGGUAAACAACACACUGAAUUCAAUGCUUUAUUAUAAACGCAUUUGUGCAUUGUGCAGUGUACACAGAAUGGCAAUUCUAGUGUUGUCAGUUUUGGUUCUUUUACUGUCACUCUACUUUCGUCUGAAGAAAAGACAAAAGAACGACGGUUUGAACAAGUUUCCCGAAGGGCCCUCACACCCACUUCUUGGUCAUUUGCCACUAAUGACAUCAACCACAGACGUCAUAGAUGUUAGCAUGCAACUCAUCAGAAACCAUGGGAAAACCGUAAAAAUAAGAAUAGGGCCAAAAAUUUUGCCCAUGCGUACUUCUCUUCUGACUGCCGACUCUCACUUAACCGAGUUUAUUUUAAGCGGUAACAAAAUUUUGAAAAAAACGGAAAAUUAUCAGUUCUUGAAACACUGGUUGCGAAAAGGGCUGCUGAUAAGCGACGGUGAUUAUUGGAAAAGGCACCGAAAAAUUUUGACUCCAGCCUUCCACCUUGAGGUACUGAAAGAGUUUGUUCAGGUUUUCGAAUCGGUGGGUGACGUACUGAUUGAAAAGCUGAGACGGUGUGAAGGGACACCUAGUUGUGAUUUGCAUCCUUUUGUUACGUUGUGUACUCUGGACGUCAUCUGUGAGACGGCCAUGGGUACAAAAAUGAACGUCCAAAGCGGGAAAAACUCCCACUAUGUUCAAAGCGUGAAAAAAACAUGUCGAAUCAUCAUUGAAAGAAGUAUGUCAACUUUAAAGCUUACUGAUACGACAUUCUGGUUGUGCAGAGAUUUCUACACUCUAAAGAACGAGUUAAAAGUUUUGCACGAUUUCACACACAACGUGAUCAAUUCCAAGAAAAAUAAUAAAUCCAUCGAUAAGAAUACUAAAAGACUGGCGUUUCUAGAUCUGCUCUUGAAGUUUUCUCAAGAUGAAAAUAUUCUCAGCACUGACGAAAUUCGCGAGGAAGUUGAUACGUUCAUGUUCGCGGGACAUGACACAACAGCCUCUGGAAUUUGUUUCACGUUGUACUGCUUGGCUGAUCAUCCCGAAGUUCAAAAACAAGCUCUCCAAGAACAAAAAGAUUUAUUCGGUGACGAGAAAAAUCCUGUCAUAACUUACCCAGACUUGCAAAACAUGAAAUAUCUAGAACAAGUUAUCAAAGAAAGCUGUCGGCUGUAUCCUCCAGUGCCUAUAAUAGGACGAUACACGACAGAAGACACAGAAUUUGAUGGUUGUUUAAUCCCGAAAUACACCAACAUCAUGCUUUUCAUUUACGGUUUACACAGAGAUCCGGAUUAUUUCCCGGAACCAGAAAAAUUUAAGCCCGAAAGAUUCGACAAUUUUGACGGUUCCUUAUCAUACACUUAUAUUCCGUUUAGUGCUGGUUCGCGAAGUUGUAUUGGUCAAAAAUUCGCCAUGUUGGAAAUGAAAAGUAUUAUUUCGAAAAUCGUGCGACAUUUUGAAAUAAAACCGACAUCUCCAAGGCACGAGGUGAAGUUGUCCGCAGAAACUGUUUUGAAAUCAUUGAAUGGAAUCAAGGUCACACUUAAGAAACGACCCUGAAAAAAGUGUUAAUGGGUUUUCAGUAUUUUUUUACAAGAAUAUAUACAAGAGCUCUUGUGACAAUAUUCAAAACAUGGAGAAGAUCAUAACAACCCUGGAUCUACACAGAACCUCAUUUACCAUCCUACAGUGACCAUAAUCUCUCCUCCCUUGGGUCGGUACCUGCGGUGGGUUGGUCCUUUGGGUUGCAUAGUUACAAAAAAUAAUUCUUCUCACUGGAACUGAUUUUGUAGGCGACAACUGGGCACCCCAGAUACGUACAUUUUUUUACGACAUAUUUUUUUUACGAAUACUUUGUCUAAGACGAGCUUGUUUCAUAGACGAACAAUAUUUUUUUGUUAUUAAACCAGGACCGUUUUAA